AUGGGAACUAAAGACGGGAUACUGAUGGAGGCCCAGACAUUGAAAAACACAAUAAAGUCAUACCCUGAUUCAGAAAAUCUGUUGAAUGAGUAUCUACAAAAAGCAGCGGGGGAUGGCGACACACCGCAUAGAGAUUUAGAACAAACAGAAAACCCACCACAAAUCAACUUUCGUAGAGACGACGCAGUAGAGCAAAAAUUCCUCUCCUUUAGUGAUCAGACCAUUUCAAACUCCAGUGUUGACACUUAUCAAAACGAUAAUGUAAGCUCCGACAAAAACCGAGCUGAUUUUCACCAAAUAGGAUUUGUAGCCGAGAAAAAUACUACAAAUCCCCAAAGACAUAGUACCACUGUAGAUGGAGCUGAAAACAUGGCGGAGAAAGACAUCAUCAGUUGGAUUAAGAACCAAGUUGAGAAAGAAACGCCUAAACCAAAAACACCAGGUGAUGGUUGGAAAGGUAAGGAAGUUGAUGAUAAUUAUGUCAGACCACAACGACGUGACGGGUAUCCGAACACAAGGCAAACAGAAACAGAGGAAAGAAGCAACAUAAUUACAUUCCAACGUAACAUAAUGACGUCCACUACUACAGCCAUUCCAAUAUCUAAACAUAUUGCCACAACAAUUUCAAAAAUAUCUAUUGCAAACACAAAUACGACAGCCACUGACAUGGAUAUCUUAGACAAACCAUUAUCAAAAACACAAACGACCUACAACAUUCAAACUAUCACUGAUACGCUCACUACCACAAACACUCAAAAUAUCACUGACACACCAACUACCAAAAACAUUCCAACAGUCAAUGACAAGCCCACAACUACAAACAUUCCAACAAUCAAUGAAACGCCCACUACCACAAACACUCCAACAAUCAAUGACACGCCCACUACCACAAAAAUUCCAACAAUCAUUAACACGCCCACUACUACAAACAUUCCAACAAUCAAUGACACGCCCACUUCUACAAACAUUCCAACAAUCAAUGACACGCCAACUAACACAAACACUCCAGUUAUCAAUGACAUACCCACUUCUACAAACACUCCAGUUAUCAAUGACACGCCCACUACCAUAAACACUCCAACUAUCAAUGACACGCCCACUUCUGCAAACACUCCAAUUAUCAAUGACACGCCCACUUCUACAAACACUUCAGUUAUCAAUGACACGCCCACUACCACAAACACUCCAACUAUCAAUGACACGCCCACUUCUACAAACACUCCAGUUAUCAAUGACAUACCCACUUCUACAAACACUCCAGUUAUCAAUGACACGCCAACUACCAUAAACACUCCAACUAUCAAUGACACGCCCACUUCUACACACAAUCCAACUAUCAAUGACACGCCCACUUCUGCAAACACUCCAACUAUCAAUGACACGCCCACUUCUACAACCACUCCAAUUAUCAAUGACACACCCACUACCACAGACACUCCAGCUAUCAAUGACACGCCCACUACCACAAACACUCCAACUAUCAAUGACACACCCACUACCACAGACACUCCAGCUAUCAAUGACACGCCCACUACCACAAACACUCCAACUAUCAAUGACACACCCACUACCACAAACACUCCAGCUAUCAAUGACACGCCCACUUCUACAAACACUCCAGUUAUCAAUGACACGCCUACUGCCACAAACACUCCAACUAUCAAUGACAAGCCCACUACCACAAACACUCCAACUAUCAAUGACACGCCCACUUCUGCAAACACUCCAAUUAUCAAUGACACGCCCACUUCUACAAACACUCCAACUAUCAAUGACACGCCCACUUCUACAAACACUUCAGUUAUCAAUGACACGCCCACUUCUACAAACAUUCCAACAAUCAAUGACACGCCUACUGCCACAAACACUCCAACUAUCAAUGACAAGCCCACUACCACAAACACUCCAACUAUCAAUGACACGCCCACUUCUGCAAACACUCCAAAUAUCAAUGACACGCCCACUUCUACAAACACUCCAACUAUCAAUGACACGCCCACUUCCACACACUCUCCAAUUGUCACUGACACAAUAAUUUCCACGAAUAAUCCAACUAAAUCACCUGCAACAAACUCUCCAACUCCCAUAAACAAUCAAACCAACACUCGCAUAUUCAUUACCAAACAAAAACCUUCGAUUACUGUCCAACCCGCGACCACUACUACAAAUACACCCACUAAUACUAACACGCCUACAGUUACCAACACUAUAACUAUUACUGAAACACCCACUACCACAAACAUUCCAACCAAUAUAGACAUGUCCACUACCACAAACAUUUCAACUAAUUUUGAUAUGUCCAUUACCAAAAUCGUUCAGACUAAUACUGACAUACCUCCUACCAAUUACACUUCAUUAGUUACUGACACACCCACCACCAUACAACCUCCAACCCUCACUGAUAUAUCAAUUUCUACAAACACUCAAUUUAAAUCUGACUCGCUCAUUACUACAAACACUAUAACUACCAAAAACAUAUCCAACACAACAAACACGUCAACCUCCAUAAACAAUCAAAUUGCUACAAACACACAAACUAGCACAAACACUCCGAAUAUCAAAAACUCAUCAACUACCACAUACAAUUCAAAUAUCAUUGACAAUCCUGCUGCCACAAAGUCUCGAAUUGCAAUAAACCCGUCUACAACCACAAGUAUUAAAAUAAUAACUGACACAUCCACUGCCACAAACACACUAACUAUCACUGACACACCAACUACCACAAACACGUCAGCUAUCACUGACACGCCCACUUCUACAAACACUCCAAUUGUCAAUAACAUACUCACUUCUAACAACACUCUAAUUAUCAAUGACACGCCCACUUCUACAAACACUCCAAUUAUCAAUGACACGCCCACUUCUACAAACACUCAAAUUUUCAAAGACCCGCCCUCUUCUAGAAACACUCCAAUUAUCAAUGACACGCCCACUUCUGCAAACACUCCAACUAUCAAUGACACGCCCACUUCUACAACCACUCCAAUAAUCAAUAACAAGCCCACUUCUACAAACACUCCAACUAUCAAUGACACACCCACUACCACAGACACUCCAGCUAUCAAUGACACGCCCACUACCACAAACACUCCAACUAUCAAUGACACACCCACUACCACAGACACUCCAGCUAUCAAUGACACGCCCACUUCUACAAACACCCCAGUUAUCAAUGACACGCCUACUGCCACAAACACUCCAACUAUCAAUGACAAGCCCACUACCACAAACACUCCAACUAUCAAUGACACGCCCACUUCUGCAAACACUCCAAUUAUCAAUGACACGCCCACUUCUACAAACACUCCAACUAUCAAUGACACGCCCACUUAUACACACACUCCAAUUAUCAAUGACACGCCAACUUCUACAAACACUCCAAUUAUCAAUUACAUACCCUCUACCACAAACACUCCAGUUAUCAAUGGCACACCUACUACCAAAAACAUUUCAGUUAUCAAUGACACACAAACUACCACAAAGAAGACAAAUAUAACUGACAUACAACUUACAAAACACACACCCACUAUCAUUGGCACACCAACUACCAGAAACACUUCAGCUAUCAAUGAAACACAAGCUACCACAAACACUCCAAUUAUCAAUGACAUGCCCACUUCUACAAACACUCCAAUUAUCAAUGACACGCCCACUUCUACAAACACUCCAAUUAUCUAUGACAAACCCACUUCCUCAAACACACCAAUUAUCAAUAACACUCCAACUACCAAAAACACACCAGAUAUCAAUGACACAUCCACUACCACAAACACUUCAAUUAUCAAUGACACGCCCACUACCACAAACACUCCAUCAAUCAAUGACAUGGCCAAUAACCUUAACACUCAAAUUAUCAAUGCCUCGCUCACUACCAAAAGCACUUCAGCUCUCAAUAAAACAUAUCUUACCAAAAACACUACAACUACCAAUUACACGCCCAUAACAACAGACACACUAACUACCAUAAACAUUCAAACUAUCGCUGACACAACCACUUCCACACACUCUCCAAUUGUCACUGACACAAUAAUUUCCACGAAUAAUCCAACUAAAUCACCUGCAACAAACUCUCCAACUCCCAUAAACAAUCAAACCAACACUCGCAUAUUCAUUACCAAACAAAAACCUUCGAUUACUGUCCAACCCGCGACCACUACUACAAAUACACCCACUAAUACUAACACGCCUACAGUUACCAACACUAUAACUAUUACUGAAACACCCACUACCACAAACAUUCCAACCAAUAUAGACAUGUCCACUACCACAAACAUUUCAACUAAUUUUGAUAUGUCCAUUACCAAAAUCGUUCAGACUAAUACUGACAUACCUCCUACCAAUUACACUUCAUUACUUACUGACACACCCACCACCAUACAACCUCCAACCCUCACUGAUAUAUCAAUUUCUACAAACACUCAAUUUAAAUCUGACUCGCUCAUUACUACAAACACUAUAACUACCAAAGACAUAUCCAACACAACAAACACGUCAACCUCCAUAAACAAUCAAAUUGCUACAAACACACAAACUAGCACAAACACUCCGAAUAUCAAAAACUCAUCAACUACCACAUACAAUUCAAAUAUCAUUGACAAUCCUGCUGCCACAAAGUCUCGAAUUGCAAUAAACCCGUCUACAACCACAAGUAUUAAAAUAAUAACUGACACAUCCACUGCCACAAACACACUAACUAUCACUGACACACCAACUACCACAAACACGUCAGCUAUCACUGACACGCCCACUUCUACAAACACUCCAAUUACCAAUGACACGCCCACUUCUACAAACACUCCAAUUAUCAAUGACACGCUCACUUCUACAAACACUCCAAUUGUCAAUAACAUACCCACUUCUAACAACACUCCAAUUAUCAAUGACACGCCCACUUCUACAAACACUCCAAUUAUCAAUGACACGCUCACUUCUAAAAACACUCUAAUUAUCACCGACACGCCCACUUCUACAAACACUCCAAUUGUCAAUAACAUACCCACUUCUACCAACAAUCCAAUUAUCAAUGACACGCCCACUUCUGCAAACACUCCAAUUAUCAACGACCCACCCACUUCUACAAACACUCCAAUUAUCAAUGACACGCUCACUUCUAAAAACACUCCAAUUAUCAAUGACACGCCCACUUCUACACACACUCCAAUUAUCAAUGACACGCUCACUUCUAAAAACACUCUAAUUAUCACCGACACGCCCACUUCUACAAACACUCCAUUUGUCAAUAACAUACCUACUUCUACAAACACUCCAAUUAUCAAUGACACGCCCACUUCUACAAACACUCCAAUUAUCAAUGACACGCCAACUUCUACAAACACUCCAAUUACCAAUGACACGCCCACUUCUACAAACACUCCAAUUGUCAAUAACAUACCCACUUCUACCAACAAUCCAAUUAUCAAUGACACGCCCACUUCUACAAACACUCCAAUUAUCAAAGACACGCCCACUUCUACAAACACUCCAAUUAUCAAUGACACGCUCACUUCUAAAAACACUCCAAUUAUCAAUGACACGCCCACUUCUACAAACACUCCAAUUAUCAAUGACACGCUCACUUCUAAAAACACUCCAAUUAUCAAUGACACGCCCACUUCUAAAAACACUCCAAUUAUCAAUGACACGCUCACUUCUAAAAACACUCCAAUUAUCAAUGACACGCCCACUUCUACACACACUCCAAUUAUCAAUGACACGCUCAUUUCUACAAACACUCUAAUUGUCAAUAACAUACCCACUUCUACAAACACUCCCAUUAUCAAUGACAGGCCCACUUCUACAAACAAUCCAACUAUCAAUGACACGCCCACUUCUACAAUCACUCAAAUUAUCAAUGACAUACCCACUACCACAAACAGUCCAGUUAUCAAUGACAUACCCACUACCAUUAACAUUUCAGUUAUCAAUGACACACAAACUACCACAAACACUUCAACUAUCAAUAACAUACCCACUUCUACCAACACUCCAAUUGUCAAUAAUAUACCCACUUCUACAAACACUCCAAUUAUCAAUGACACACCCACUUCUACAAACAAUCCCGUUAUCAAUGACACGCCCACUUCUACAAACACUCUAAUUGUCAAUAACAUACCCACUUCUACAAACACUCCCAUUAUCAAUGACACGCCCACUUCUACAAACAAUCCAACUAUCAAUGGCACGCCCACUUCUACAAACACUCCAAUUAUCAAUGACAUACCCACUACCACAAACACUCCAGUUAUCAAUGACAUACCCACUACCAUUAACAUUUCAGUUAUCAAUGACACACAAACUACCACAAACACUUCAACUAUCAAUAGCAUACCCACUUCUACCAACACUCCAAUUGUCAAUAACACACCCACUUCUACAAACACUCCAAUUAUCAAUGACACGCUCACUUCGGCAAACACUCAAAUUAUCAAUGACACGCCCACUUCUACAAACACUCCAAUUAUCAAUGACACGCUCACUUCGGCAAACACUCAAAUUAUCAAUGACAUACCCACUUCUACAAACACUCCCAUUAUCAAUGACACGCCCAGUUCUACAAACAAUCCAACUAUCAAUGACACGCCCACUUCUACAAACACUCCAAUUAUCAAUGACAUACCCACUACCAUUAACAUUUCAGUUAUCAAUGACACACAAACUACCACAAACACUUCAACUAUCAAUAGCAUACCCACUUCUACCAACACUCCAAUUGUCAAUAACACACCCACUUCUACAAACACUCCAAUUAUCAAUGACACGCUCACUUCGGCAAACACUCAAAUUAUCAAUGACAUGCCCACUUCUACAAACACUCCAAUUAUCAAUGACAUACCCACUACCACAAACACUCCAGUUAUCAAUGACAUACCCACUACCAUUAACAUUUCAGUUAUCAAUGACACACAGACUACCACAAACACUUCAACUAUCAAUGACACACAAACUACCACAAAGAAGACAAAUAUUACUGACAUACCACUUACAAAACACACACCCACUAUCAAUGACACACCACCUACUACAAACACUUCAUAUACAGACACAAACAUCGCCACAACAACCACGCCCACAAAUACAUCUACACAUACAGACACAAACAACACCAUUAUAACCGCUCCCACAAAUAAAACGUCGAAUACAGAGAGAAACAACACCACUUCCACCAAGCCCACCUCAGGAAAACAAACAGCGGCAACUUCUUCCUCCUCUCGUACAAUAACAACAACUCAGAAUGUAAGGAGAUACUACACUGAACAUAUAGAUGACAAAGAGAGAGUUAGCCACGAUCCAAGUACUGAAAACAACAAAAAAACAGAACAUCAAGUACCAAGGACGUUCGACCAAGUAGGGAUAAGCCGUUACAAUCCCAAUAAAGUUGUAAAACCUAGGAGAACAGACGAUAAACCAGACGACCAAAGCGGUAAGGUGAUAGCAAAUGAUCGAAUGCUCAGUCGAGUCAGCAACAUAAAAACAAAUAGCUACAUAUCCGACAAAUUAGACCUGAAAACAAGAAAAAGUCUUCCCUUUCCCAGUACUUUCGAGAAGAUGAAGAGAAAUCCUCAAAAAUUGACAAAUUACAAUAAAAAAUUUAAUUUCGACAGAAAGGGAAGAAAUUACAACAAUGGAACUGAUCAAAUUACAAACAAUCACCGUGUAUUAAAUCCUGACAAUCUCUGGUUAGCGUACAUACAAAGUACAGUCGACGAUGUGAAAUCAAAAAACAUACGAAUAAAUGUCAACAAUGGCAGGUUAAAGAACAUACUAAAUGCUUUCAACGACGCUAGGGCAAAGAACAUACCGAAUAAUGUCGGCAAUGUGAAAUCAAAGAACAUAUCGAAUACGACUGGCAACAUCAGGUCAAAGAGCACAACGAAAACUGACGUUAAUAACGUCAGGUUAAAGAACAUACGUAAUACUGUCAACAAUUUCAAUGCAGAGAACAUACAAAAUAGUGUCAACAACGCGAAGUCAAUGAACAUACCUAGUACUGUUAACAGCGUCAGGUCAAAGAACAUGACGCCUACUGUCAACAACUCCAAGUCAAUGAAAAUACCGAAUACUGUCAACAACUCCAAGUCAAUAAAAAUACCGAAUACUGUCAACAACUCCAAGUCGAAGAAAAUACAGAAUACUGUCAACAACGCCAGGUCAAAGAACAUACCGAAUACUGUCAACAAAGCAAAAUCAAAGAACAUACCGAAUACUGUCAACGACGUCAAGUCAAAGAAAAAACCGAAUACUGUCAACAACGCCAUGUCAAAGAACAUACCAAAUACUGUCAACAAAGCAAAAUCAAAGAACACACCGAAUACUGUCAACGACGUCAAGUCAAAGAAAAAACCGAAUACUGUCAACAACGCCAGGUCAAAGAACAUACUGAACACUGUUAACAGCGUCAGGUCAAAAAACAAACCGAAUACUGUCAACAACGCGAAGUCAAAGAACAUACCGAAUACUGUCAACAACGCGAAGUCAAAGAACAUACCGAAUACUGUCAAAAAAACAAAAUCAAAGAACAUACCUUAUACUGUCAACGACGUCAAGUCAAAGAACAUACCGAAUAGUGUCAACAAUGCUAAGUCAAAGAAAAUACCGAAUAUUGUCAACAAGACAAAGUCAAAGAACAUACCGAAUACUGUUAACAACGACAGGUCAAAGAACAUACCGAAUACUGUCAACAACGCCACGUCAAAGAACAUACCGAAUACUGUCAACAACGCCAGGUCAAAGAACAUACCGAAUACUGUCAAAAAAACAAAAUCAAAGAACAUACCUAAUACUGUCAACGACGUCAAGUCAAAGAACAUACCGAAUAGUGUCAACAAUGCUAAGUCAAAGAACAUACCAAAUACUGUCAACAACGUCAGGUCAAAGAACAUACCGAAUAUUGUCAACAACGCCAUGCCGUCGGGUAAUAAUCACUCACAAGAUACAACAAAGAUAAACCCACCAAUAUAUGUUAACAAACUUGGAACAACCAGCAGCAUACCAAGAACUGUUACCAAAGUUAGAGCAAACAACAACACACCAAGGACUGAUACACAUGUUGAAACAAAGAACAACUCUCAAAAGACCGCUUAUAAAGAGGGAAAAGGUCAAAGCACACAAAAGACAGAUCAAAAAUUUGGAACGCACCAAAAUAAACCUAAACUUGUUGCUCCAGUGAAAACAAACCACGACACACCAAGGACAAUUGGUCAAACGGGAAUAUACCACAGCACGCAAAAGACAGUUCACAAAUUGGAAACGAACCACAAAACACCAAGAACCAACACUAACAUUACAGAAGAUAAUAUCACACAAAAGACGGCCUACAACUUUUCAACGAAGAACAACUCACCAAGAACUUUUUCUAAAAUGAGACCAAAUAAAAACACAUCAAGAACUGCUACUAACGUGGGGACAAACAACACACGAAGAACUGUUACUAAAGAAGGAACAAGCUUAAACACACCGAGAGCUGUUACUAAUGCUGGAACAAACAACAACACACCAAGAAAUGUUACUAAACUUGGAACAAACAACAGCACACCAAGAGAUGUUACCAAAGUUAGAACAAACAACAGCACACCAAGAACUGUUACUAAAGUUGGAACAAACAACAACACACAAAGAACUGUUACUAAAGUGGGAACAAACACAAACACACCAAGAACCGAUAAUAAAUUUGUAAAAGAUCAUAUCAAACAAAAGACAACUUAUAAAUUGGCAACGAGCCACAACACACUAAGAAAUGUAACUAAAGUAAAAAUUAACAGCAACAAACAAAAAACGAUUAGUAAAGAGAAAAUAUAUUACACCACACAAAGGAAGGUUCAUGGAUUGGGAACAAAUAGCAAGAAACCAAGACUUGUUAGUAAAGUGGGAAGAAACACCAACACAAUGAAAACCAAUACCAAAGUGAGAACGGAUCACAUCACACAAAAGAAGGUUCAUCAACUGGUAACCAACAACAACACCCCUACAACUAUUUUUAAAGGGAUAUCAAACCAGGAAACACCCAAAACACUAAACAAAAUGAAACCAAACCUCAAAAACCAAAGAACCCUUACCAAAAUGGGAAUAUAUCCUAUCACACGAAAGAAAAUCAAUCAAUUCGGAUCAAGGCACAGCACACCAAGAACCAUUACCGCCCUGGGAACAAAAGCAUUCAACCCAAAAACCAUUACCAAAGUUGGGACAAACCAAAACACACAAAGAAACGUUUUCAAAGUAGGAACACAUACAAAAUUCACACAAAAGAGAAUUUAUCAAUUGGGAACAAAGCUCAAAAAACCGGGAACCGCAAUCAAAGAGGUAACAAAUCUUAACACUAUGAAAACAGCCACUAAAAUAAGAACAAACGACAACGCAAACAGACGCGUUACAAACGAUAAAAUGGAUCACAUCAUACCGAUAACCGCUACCAAGGUGAGAAUAAAUCACAAGAUGGGAACAAACAUCAACAAACCAAGAGAUGUUACUAAAGUGGGAACAAACAUCAACACACCGCGAACCGUUACCAAAAUGAAAAUAAAUCACAAAAAACAAAAGUCAGACCUCGAACUGGGAACAAAGCAAGCCGCAACAAGAACCGUAACCAAAGUUAAAAUAGAUAGCAACAAACAAAUCAAGGUUACUAAAGAGAGAAUAAAUCAUAACAAAUCAACAUCAGUUACUAAAGUGGGAAUGGAUAACAACAAACCAGUCACAGUUACUAAAAUGGGAACGGAUCACAAAAAUCCAGCAACGGUUACUAAAAUGGGAAUGGAUUACACCACACACAAAAGAGUUUACAAAUUAGCAACAAACCAAAACACACCACGAACCGUUACUAAAGGGGAAGCACAUCACAAAACACCUGUAACCAUUUCCAAAGUUGAGAUAGAUCACAGCAAACAAGAUACGGUUCACAAAUUGAAAACAAACCACAACAUAUCUAAAACCGUUUCCAUACAUGGAACAAACCACAUCACAUCAAUAGUCUUACCUGUAGUGGAAGCAAACCACAACAGACCGGUAGCUGUUUCCAAUGAGAGAAAAAACUUCAGCACAUCGGGAUCCGUAACCAAUAUGGGAAUAGAUCACGGCAAACAAGCGACAUUUCACAAAUUCAGAACAAACCAGAGUACACAUACAACCAUUUCUAAAAUGGAAACAAAUCAAAACUCACCAAGAACCGCUAGUUCUGCAAGAAUAGAUCACAGCACACGAAAAGGGAAUGUUCACAAUUUGGUAACAAACCACAACAAGCCAAGAAACGUGAAUAAAGUGAGAACGAACUCCAACAUACAGAUUACCGUUAGUGGAUUGGGAUUACACAAACAACCAAAAAGAACUGGAGGCAAUUUGGGAAUUAAUCAAAAGACAAUUCACCAACUUGGAGCACACCUGCACACACCAAGAACAUUAACUAUAGAGGGAACAAACCACCACACACGAAAAGUAAUUAAAGAAGAGAAAACGAAUAAUUACACGCCAGGAACCGAUUACAAAGAGGUAAAAUACCAUAACGUACCGAGAAAUAUUGGUAAAAUUGGAACAAACUACAACACACCAAGAACCAAUAAUAAAGUGGAAACCUACCAUAACAAACAAGGAACUAUAAGAACGCUGGGAACAAACCACAGCACACAAAGAACUAUUAGUAAAGUGGGAACCAACCACAACACACCAACAAUCAAUAGUAAAAUGGGAACUAGCCACAGCACACAAACAACAAAUAGAAAAGCGGGAACCAACUACACCACACCAAGGCCAAUUAGUGAAGUGGGAACCUACUACAACAUACCAAGAACCAUAAGUAAAGUGGGAACCAACCACAACAUACCAAGAGACAUUAGUAAAGUGGGAACCAACCACAACACACAAAGAACCAUUAGUAAAGUGGGAACCAACCACAACACACGAAGAACCAUAAGUAAAGUGGGAACCAACCACAACACACAAAGAACCAUUAGUAAAGUGGGAACAAACUACAACACACCAAUAACCAAUAAUAAAGUGGGGACCUACCAUAACAAACAAGGAACUAUAAGAACGCUGGGAACAAACCACAAGACACCAAGAACCAUUAGUAAAGUGGGAACCAACCACAACCCAUCAACAAUCAAUAGUAAAGUGGGAACCAACCACAACACACCAAGAACCAUCACUUCAUUGGGAAUAGAUCACAGCACCCAAAAAACAGGUCACAAAUUUGGAACGAACUACAAAGCACCAACGACAUUUACUAAAGUGGUAGCAAAACAACACAUAUCAAACGCCGUUAGCAAAAUGGUAUACCAAAACACACCGAAAACCGUUACUAAAAUGGUACAAAACCAAAAUAAACCAAGGAGGGUUGACAAAACGGGUACUACUCUCAACACACACACGAUUGACAAAUUGCAAACAAUGCAUCACAUACAAAGGACGGCUGACAAAGCGUUGAAGACAAAUCACUACAUGCCAAGUACUGUCGACAAAAUUAAAACAAAACAUUCUGAAUCAAGGAAUUUCGACAAAGUGAGAACGAAAUUACACAAACUUAACACUUUCGACAAAAGAGACAAAGAGGUAAUACAUACGGUAGACAUGUUGAAAUUGAAUUAUAAUCUAACUGCAGUUAACAAAGCGAGGAUUGAUCACCACGCUCCAAUAAAAGAUGGAACAAGGCGGGGAAAUCGAAAAUUUCAGAGUAAAGACGACAAAUUUAGGACAAAUCAUCGUAUACCAAAUUCAAACAACAGGGACAAAAACCACCGGAGCUCUCAAAUAAGAGUUGAUAAAUUGGCUAUUAAUUCCCCAUGGCAAAAUUCAGCAGACUAUCUGACGACAAAUAAUAACGCUAGAAAAAUUGUGAAACUGAAGAAAUAUAAAAACUCGACCAAUGUGAGGGCAAAUCAAACAACUUCGUCUGAUUCUGGUAGAACAAUUUCUGAUACAGCAAACUAUGGUAGAACAAAUUCUGAUAAAGCCACUUAUGAUAGAGCAAAUUCUGAUACAGCCAAUUCUGGUAGAACAAAUUCUGAUACAGCAAAUUCUGGUAGAACAAAUUCUGAUAGAGACAAUUCUUACCGGAGCAAUGAAACAGGAAACAUAUCUUUACAUAAAGGAAACGGGAAACUAAUUACAGCAUCAAAACAUACUGACAAACGAAUAAUUAUAAAUAAUGACAAUGAAGAGGAAAACAACGAAGGUGUGAGCGCUGAGGACGAUGACGAACAAAUAUCCGAAACAACCGAUGACAGAGACGAUUAA